AUGCCCCCUCCGGACCAAAUGCCUAUUCAGACUCCCCAGACGCCUGGCGGUGGAGGCUUCCCCAGCCAUGUCAUCGACGGCCUCAACAGUCAAUGGGGGUCCCACCAUGGCUCGCAGAUGCUUGGGUUUGGAUACGGUAGCCAAGCGACGCCCAGGUUCACGCAGUGGUCCGAGGAACGGGUAGCCAUGAUGCAGGCGCGGUUGAACAAGAAGCUCGGACCGGAGUACAUCUCCCAGCGACCAGGCGGCGGUGGAUCCAAGUUUACAUAUGUUGAAGGGUGGAAAGUCUUCGGCUUCAAUGGCUGGUCGUCGAGUAUCGUCAAACUGAGCACAGACUUUGAAGGCGAACGAGUAUGGAUCUCUGUAACUGCCAUUGUCCGCAUCACCCUGCAGGACGGGUGCUGGCACGAGGACGUAGGACAUGGUCACUGCGAGAACAUGAAGGGCCGGGCCGCGGCGAUAGAGAAGAAGGAAGCUGUAACGGACGCGACAAAACGUGCUUUGAAGACGUUUGGCAACGUCCUUGGUCUCUGCAUCUACGACAAGGAAUUCAAUAAUCAGAUCAGCAAAAUCAAGCCUGGGCCGCCGGUAGAGGAUCUGUAUCGCCGCCCAGAGUUCGAGCCGCAGCUUCAGCCUGCGCCACCUGCUCCUGCUCGCGCUUCCGCUGUCCCGCCUCACGUAUCUGGCUUCCCGAAAGCGGCCCCGCCACCUGCUGCUCGUAGAGUGUCGGCAGGGUCGACUGUCGCCAGCGUAAACUCGCCACCGCUGCGACCAGUCGCGGACGAGACAACGGACUUCUCGGCAGAUGAGGGGUUCAGCUUCUCACAGGACGACUCGUUCUUCAGCCAGAUCGAUGAGUCUGAGCUCAUGGUGGCUGAUGUCAAACGGGAAACCCGGUGUACCGCCACCGACAACGACCAGACAUCCCUCUCGAGGCAGAUACGUCAGUCGGCUCUGACCGGUCUCUCAACUGGCGAUACGGCCGGAGCAGCAGCGCGACGAGCUGCUGCCAUUCGUGCGGCACAAGCGCAGUCUGAACCUGUGAGAUUACCGUCACCUGACAAACCCGCUGGCGGUCUGAAUGACCUGGCGGCGCAGCCCGCCGGGUUCGGACGACCUACCCUCAACUUGGACCUUGAGAACGUACGCCCCGGCGAGUUCGCCAACUUUGCCAGUGCUAAGGGCAUGCGGAGGGACGGGUGA